AUGAUUGAAUUCAAUUCAAUCACAAUUCCUCGGAAUUUCACUGAAUUCCAACUCACGGCAUUACAAAUCUAUUUUCAACUAAAGAUUUUAUUUCUCACCGCAUACUGUACCCAAGGAUCAUUUGACUUCAACGGUGCUAUUUGUUUAGCAAGAGAUGUUUUCUUUGGCUAUUUUGUAUACAUUCAAUUGUUAAAGCUCUAUCGAGUUCUAAGAGGGUAUGGUAUUAUAGAGUCUAUUCGAAAGUUAUAUCGAUAUGUUAGUUCUACUGUAUCAUCUCAAAUCUUUUUAUUACCAUUUAUCAAAUCCAAAAUUGAUAAGGAAUUGCAACUGACUAUUGUCAAGGUAGAAGAAGAGAUUAUGAAAAAUGAUCCACAGCUAUUGCAGUUUCCUGCAUUGCCCGAAGAAGGUAUUGAAGCUGCUAAUGUUUCUUUGGAAUUGGAUAAAUUGCAAAACUUAAAACAUUCUGAUUGGAUCAAUGGAAGAGUUAGUGGGGCAGUGUAUCACGGAGGCGAGAAUCUAUUGUCAUUACAAGUUGAAGCUUACAAGAAAUAUUCAGUGGCCAAUCAAUUACACCCUGAUGUUUUCCCAGGUGUGCGUAAAAUGGAGGCUGAAGUAGUUCAUAUGGUUUUGGAUAUCUUCAAUGCUCCGAGUGAUGGGUGUGGAUCGACAACUUCCGGUGGCACAGAGUCAUUGUUGUUAGCUGGGUUGUCGGCAAGAGAAUAUGGGAAGAAAUAUCGUGGAAUAACUGAACCGGAAGUCAUUGCCCCCGUGACUAUACAUGCGGGAAUUGAAAAAGCCUGUUUUUAUUUUGGAAUGAAAUUACACAAAGUAGAAUUGGACCCGGUUACAUUUCAAGUUGACGUCAAAAAAGUAGAAAGAUUAAUCAAUAGUAACACAGUAUUAAUAUGUGGAUCAGCGCCAAAUUACCCUCAUGGGAUAAUUGAUGACAUAGAGUCAUUGUCCAAGGUGGCAGUUAAAUAUCACAUUCCGUUGCAUGUUGAUGCAUGUUUAGGAUCAUUCAUUGUCUCGUUUUUAGAAAAAUCAAAAGUACAUGGGGAUAGGAAAUUGCCUGUAUUUGAUUUUCGAUUACCAGGUGUCACAUCGAUUUCAUGUGAUACUCACAAAUAUGGGUUUGCUCCCAAGGGGUCUUCGAUAAUCAUGUACCGUUCGCCUAAAUUACGUGAAUGUCAAUAUUAUAUUGCGAGUGAUUGGACGGGUGGAAUGUAUGGAUCCCCAACUUUGGCUGGCUCUAGACCAGGGGCUUUAGUAGUUGGAUGUUGGGCUACUUUAAUCAAUAUUGGGAAACAAGGAUAUACAAAGUUUUGUUACGAUAUUGUUCUGGCAGCAAUGAAAGUUAAACGGGCAAUUGAAAAUGACCCAAUACUAUCCAAGCAUUUACAAAUCAUUGGGGAUCCAAUUGGGUCAGUGAUUUCAUUUCAACUUGCACCUCAACAAUUGGGAAAUUUAAGUAUUUACGAAAUUAGUGAUUUGUUAACUAAAAAAGGAUGGCAUUUUGCGACUUUACAAAACCCAUCAGCAUUACAUUUUGCAUUUACAAGAUUAACUGUACCCGUGGUGGAUGAAUUAAUCGCAGAUUUGGUCGACGCUACAAAAGAAGCUGCAGCAAUUGCCGAGGAACACAAGAAGAAUGGGGUGACCAAACCUCCAGGUGAUACUGCAGCAUUAUAUGGUAUAGCUGGCAGUGUACAUACAGCUGGGUUGGCUGAUAGAUUAAUUGUUGCAUUUUUAGAUACCUUAUACAAGAUUUGA